AUGGCUGCAGCAUCGGCUCUGGUGUCUGAGGACAGUCUUCUUUGUCCCGUCUGUCUGAGUGUGUUCACUAAACCUGUGUCGAUUCCCUGUGGACACAACUUUUGUUUGGACUGUAUCACAGACUACUGGAGCACUCUGUCUGUACUGCAAUGUCCACUGUGCAAAGAGAUGUUUUACACCAGGCCGUUGCUUCGGGUUAACCCUGUCAUUGAUGAAAUGGCAGAAAAGGUUAAAAAAUCUGUUCAAGAAAUGUUGUUGAGUUCAGCUGAAGAAGCAGGAAAUGAGGAUGUGCUCUGUGAUUACUGCACAGGGUCCAAGGUCAGCGCCCAGAAGUCCUGUUUAAUGUGUUUAGUGUCCUACUGUCAAAAACAUCUGGAGCCUCAUCAGAGGAUUUCAGCUUUGAAGAAACACAAGCUGAUCGAUCCAGUUAAGGACCUGGAGAACAGAGUAUGUCAGGAUCACGGUAAGCCUUUGGAGCUAAUCUGCAGACUGGAUCAAAUGUUUCUGUGUGAGUCCUGUAAAUGCAGUGACCAUAAAACACAUGAAACAGUGACUCUGGAGGACGAGGAUGAAAUGAGGAAAACCCAGCUGAGAUUAGAAAAUAACAGCAUGGAUCAGAUGAUCCAGGAACGUGAGCAGAAAAUCCAGGAGUUUCAACAGUCAGUGAAGACCAGCAGAAGUAAAGCUGAGGAGGCGUUAUUGUACAGCAGGAAGGUGAUGACCACUUUGGUGGAGCACAUAAAAACAGAGUUCACCAGACUGUCUGAGGCGAUCGAGAUGAAGCAGAAAAUAAAUGAGACAGAGGCAGAAAGCUUUAUUAAUGAGCUGGAGGCAGAGAUUACACACAUUAAAAAGAAGAAGCUGCAGUUUCAUGAAGCUUUGCUCAUCAGAGACCCCUUCAGGUUCCUGGAGAAUGUCCUCCCUCUUACCUACAAUAAACCCCAGCUGAAGGACUGGUCUGCUGUGACUGUAACCAGUGACCAGUUUAUGAUUCAGGAGACCAUGGCCGAGCUGGAGACAGAAGUCAGAGAAGAAGUCAGCAUGCUGUGUAAUAUCAACUUCAGAGGUGGGAAACAACAGAGGACGAGUAACGUCUCAAAAUACAAGGACAUCAUCUCCAGAAGUGAUCUGAUCAGUUCAGGACCUCCUGCUGUCUACCAGCUGAGAGCAAAGAAACAGAAGUUUGGAACAAGAAUGACUGUUGGAGAAAAAAAACAAGACAAGAUAAACAGAACCAUCUUACUUAUGGGAGAAACAGGAGCAGGAAAAUCUACACUGAUCAAUGCUCUGCUCAACUACACUAUGGGAGUGAAGUGGGAGGAUGGAGUCUGGUUUACGAUUGUAGAGGAGAAGAAGAAAAGUCAGACAUCAGAUGUGAUCGUGUACGAGAUCUUUGGUUUUGAAGAUAAAACUCUGCCCUACUCUCUGACCAUCAUCGAUACUCCGGGAUAUGGAGACACCAGAGGGAUUGAACAUGGUGGCAUCUUCAGUCACAGAUUAUUGAACUUGCUGGAUGGAGUCCAUGAAGUUCAUGCAGUGGGUCUGGUGAUGAAGGCAACAGAGAAUCGACUGAGUGAUCGACUGAUGUACGUCUUUGAUUCAGUGAUGUCUCUGCUUGGAAAAGAUGUGGAGCAAAACAUCAUAGCUCUGAUCACACACUCAGAUGGAAGCAAACCUAAAAAUGCUUUUAAAGCUCUUGAAGAUGCAAAAAUUAAAUGUGCCAAAAAUAAGAAGAAUCAGUCUGUUUACUUCUUGUUUAAUAACUGCCAGCUUGAAGAUGAGGCAGAAAAAUACCUGAAACUAAAUUUUGAAAGCUCAGAGAGAGGAGAAAUGAACAAACUGACAGCAGAGAAGUCCCAGUUCCUGGAUGAGUCCUACCAGCAUGUAGUCAGACUGGAGGAAAUCGCUCUGAAAGCUGAUUCAGUGUCCACUAUUGUCCACUUGGACUUCCUGAUUGAGAAGAUGAAGGAGAAAGGAGACACAGAGAAGAUCAAGAAACUGGAGGGGAUGAGAAGAAGAGAGGAUGAAGGAAUUAGAGGAGCUCUGAGGAUCAGUUUGAUCUCAUCACCACAUGAAGACAUCAUCUCACACAGUUUUCUCAUCAGGUCAGGACCUCCUGCUGUCUACCAGCUGAGACUGAAGAAAGAGGAGUUUGGAACUCUGACAAGAAUGACUGUUGGAGAAAAAAAUCCAAAUAAGAUAAACAGAACCAUCUUACUUGUGGGAGAAACAGGAGCAGGAAAAUCUACUCUGAUCAACGCUCUGCUCAACUACACUAUGGGAGUGAAGUGGGAGGAUGGAGUCUGGUUUCAGAUCGUAGAGGAGGAGAAGAAGAGUCAAAUGGGAGGACAGACAGAAAGUCAGACAUCAGAUGUGAUCGUGUAUGAGAUCUUUGGUUUUGAAGAUAAAACUCUGCCCUACUCUCUGACUAUCAUCAAUAGUCCUGAUUAUGAUGACACCAUCAGUUACAGAUUACUGGACUUGUUUCAAUCAGAUGAUGGAGUCCAUGAAGUUCAUGCAGUGGGUCUGGUGAUGAAGGUGAGUGAUAAUCGACUGAGUGAGCGAUUGAGAUACGUCUUUGAUUCAGUGAUGUCUCUAUUUGGAAAAGAUGUGGAGAAAAACAUCAUAGCUCUGAUCACACACUCAGAUGGAAGCAGGCCUGAAAACCCUCUUCAAGCUCUUGAAGCUGCAAACAUUAAAUGUGCCAAAAAUGAGAAGAAUCAGCCUGUUUACUUCUUGUUUGAUAACUGCCAGCAUGAAGAGCAAAUGGAGGAAAACACAAAUUUUAGAAAUUCAUGGGAACUUACACAGACAAACAUGGAUCAUUUGACAGACUUGUUGGGAAAAUCUAAUCCUCAAAAACUGGUGAAAACAGCCGAAGUGUUAAAUGAACGAAUUAGACUGAAAGCCUGCAUCCAAAACCUGAAAGAAAGAAUCGAGCUGGUUGAACUGAAACAAAGAGAAAUCAGACAGAUCCGAGAAGCUCUGAAGCAGACAAAUCACAGAAGUAAAAUGGAAAUUGAGAAAUUAUUGAGUCUUUUGGAAAAUCUUGAAAAGGAAAUGAAAGUGCUGACAGCAGAAAAGGAAAAGUGGCUAAGUGACUCCUACCACCAUGCUGUCAGACUGGAGGAAAUCGCUCUGAAAGCUGAUUCAGCAUCCACUAUUGUCCACUUGGACUUCCUGAUUGAGAUGAUGAAGGAGAAAGGAGACACAGACAAGGUCCAGAAACUGGAGGAGAUGAGGAGAGAGGAUGGAGGAACCAAAGAAGCACAGAGGUACAAACUUGGUCAAACACCAUCAGCUAGCAAAAACAUUGGGAGACCCUCCCUCUGGUAUAAGUGAAACAUGUAAAGAAGCAUCAGGCAGCUGUGUAGAUGGCUUUUUUCCU